AUGGGUGGCAAAUCGCAUCGCGAGUCCGAGAUUGAGCAGCUCGUGAGUGGCAGAACAGUUGGUAACCGGUGUUGCCUCCAGGUUGCGGCUGCCAAUGCUGAGGAACUGAAGGCUGCCUUGCUCGAGUUGCUAUGGAUUCUGUACACCAUCUUCUCGUCGAAAAACCCCCUCUUCACCACGAAAGGCCGAUUUUUCGAGCACCUCGACCAGACGAAGCGUGCCACGUCAGUCAGUCUCCGAGCUUUAGUGCAGCUGCACGGGUUCGACAGGAUGUGUUUCUACAACCAGAAGAGAUUUGCAUGCGGAGACUGGAGCUGGACAAGUUUCGCUCACCGCUGCAACUAUGAGUACCGCACCGGGGAGACUUGCGGUAUGAGGCUCGUCAAUAUGACCGAGUUUGAAACAACACUAUGCCGCUUGUGCGAGAAGAUCGAAACCAAGUACCGGCGGCGAAGCGCCGAGGUGGAACGCUUGAACCGAUGGAAACGGGAGGGAAGCACUCUCGUAGCGUCCAUGGACCGGUCACAGAAGCUUGUCAUGGAGCUCGAAAAGGAAAUUCGCCAACUGCAGCGGGAGCGUGACGAGAGAAGAAAGGCACUUUCGUGAAAGAAGGAUUGGAACUUUUCAGGGGCCAUGCGUUGGGCCACUUGCUGUUGCUUUCAUUUGUGCUUAGGAUUCCCUCUUUGGUAUUGUCUUUCGGUUUCAGACCAUGUUCCUGUUUGUAAAUUCGGUGCCUCACAGGGGCUGUGUCACUUGAC